AGUCCAUUGCCAGACAGCUGGGCCAUGGGCGCUCUGCUGGUGCGAGCGGCUGCUUUGCUACUUGUGGCUUUGUCACAGCAAUUGCCGCCGCCUGGCUACGAGCUGGAAGACCCCAAUGCCCAGCAUGAUUGGGUGGCCAAGGAGCUUGCUAAUGCGAAUCGCCUGCCUGAGGCGAUCGAAAGCUUCAAGGCUGCUGCCAGGUUUGUCGGAGAGCAUGUCUCCUUCGCAAAUCUCGGCGUCGCGUAUAUGCGCAACAAGGAGUUCGGCUUAGCGUUGAAAGCGCUGAGAAAAGCCAUGGCCUUGAAUCCGGACGAUGGACAUGCCAAAGAGAACCUAGAGGUGCUGCAGACCUUCGCCCAGAGCCAUGGCUAUGACAAGAAGAAGCUCGAGGCCUUAGGCCGACGGGCUGACCUGGACCUCAUCCCCAAGAAUUCUCGCGCCGAGCGAGGUGCAGAGCCAGAGGAGGGGUUGAAAGGCCCUCGCAGCAUGCGGAUCCUCACCACUGCAGCGCAGAUCGGCACAAGAGCCAAAGAGCUGUUUGCGCGCGGUGAGAAGAAGCUGGGCCGAGGGUUCCUAUCCCUCGCGCUGCACGUCAAUCCCUGGGUGAGCCUUGAGCUUCCUUGGGUGGAUGACGUGGUGUCAGAAGAAAGAAGCAGGAUGACCUACUGGGCAGGAAACGCCUUCCUGGGCUGGGACAAGACCAAGGUGGAAGACGUCAUCAAUGCGCACUUCAAGGAUCAGAGCGAACCAGAGGUGUAUGAGCUUGCACUCUACGCGUGGCGGAACCUGCAGCUCGUGAAGCACUCCUGCUGCGGCAUCGACAACGUGGCAGUGUUUCUCUCGCGGGCUCGAAAGUUCGCUCAUCCGCAUGUAGUGCCCUUCUUGCACCUGACUCCAGAUUACGUGCCAAAGUUGAAGCCGGAGAACAAGGCCAUGUACAACUCUUUCAAGCAGUGGUGGGAGAACAACGGCCGAAGGUCGCCUCCCCCGCCGGCGAUUGGGUUUGACGGCAAGGACAGCUGGGACUGGGAAUCCAUGAAGGUCGUGAUGCCACCUGAUCGGGUUCCUGAUGGUUGGGAGGUGUUCACCCAAGCCGCUCUGCUGUACCGGCUCAAUGAGUAUGAGGGCGCACGCGCAUCUCUUGCAGAGGCACUGCGGAUAAACAGCGAGAUCGCGCUGGCGAGCGAUGAGCUGAUGCCUGGCUUCGCCAGCUUCCCCGCUCGGCCAGGAGUGAUGCCGCCAGCCGCUAGAGGGAAAUACCUGGUGUGCUACAACCCGCAGGUGGGCUUGGGCAAUAUUGCAGUAGUCAUGGUCUCUGCUCUGAACCUCGCCCGCAUCACCGGACGGACACUGGUGAUCCAUUGGAACACCAACAUGGUCUCCCGUCAUGCCUGGGAGCUGCUGGAUUUGCCAGGGGUGAAGCUGAUUGGCGAGGCUGUGCCAGAGAUGCGCGUCCAAGAUGCGGUCAAAAGCAUCUACCUCUUCCACAUGAUGGACAGUGGGAUGCUGGCCAGUGUGCUGGAGCUUUUAGGUUGCUCAGACCUUGCCACGUCGCUCAGCGAGCACAGGAUAGUCACGCUUUCGUCCAACCUGUAUUUUACGCCUAUCCUUCAGACCAACCCGCAUUUGUCUUCAGGAUACGACAUCGCCCCAUUCAGUCAGGGCCUGCAGCGGCUGAUGACGCCCAGUGCCAAGGCGAAGAAGCGUGCGCUGAGCUACGCCAACAAGACUGCUUGGGCCUCAGCGCCCGUGGUUGCCGUCCACAUCCGUGCUCGCGAAGAGGGCGAGGACAAUGAUGACUGGCCAACUGCUGAGUCGCCACAGGAGGAAUUGCUGGCCAGCUUGACCAAGUGUAUCGAGCAGGCAGUUCACCUGGAGUUUGGGGACGUCAAGACCUGGGACGUUUACCUUGCUGCGACGACGGACAAGGCGCGGAAGGUGGUUUCCGAGCAUCUCAAGCAGAGCUCUCCCAACCUUGGAAGGAUUCUGAGCUUACCCAAGCUGGAGCGCAACCGCCGCACCGGCGCCGGGACCGUGGAUGCCAUGGCGGAGGCUUUGCUGCUUUCACGAGCAGACAUUUUUGUCCGAUUCGUUGUCGGCACAACUGGCUUUAGUACCUUCGCUUACCUUGCGAACGCCCUGCGGUUCCAAAGUGACUGGGCAUCUAGCCUGCCGCCGUUGCGCCGCGAGGGGUAUGCGCCGAACUACGUGGUCACAGCUGAGUGCGGGCACGAGCACCGAUGCUUCGAAGCACCUGCGGAGGUCCGGAUGGCAGACGUCUCAUGGCACGGGAAGUAUGUCACGGGCCGCUCGUGUGGGGACGUGGUGGCCAGGCUCAAGCAGAAGAUCGGCUGCCCCGCUUUGAAGCCGGCCAGCCUUCAGGAGGAGGAGGAGCUCUGAGUUGGCGCAUCGCUGCUUGUGGCCAAGGUGGCCAAGAGAAAAGGUGCUGAUGUUGUUUGCUUG